AUGCUGGUAGCGGUGACGUCACAUCCGGCGAAGCCCAAGCCGCUGCCCUCGUCGACGUCAUCAUCGUCGGCGACGCCGCAAUCGCCGCCGGUGACGCCGCGAAGCCUCCGAGCGAACGUUGGAGUCGUGGCUCGUCGCCAACCGACGCAUCUCCCACCUUCCCCCAAAGCCAAUCGUUCGAAUCGCAUCGCGAAGCCGACAGUCGCGACAGCGACAACGACGAAUCUGAAUUCCUCGGUGCCGUCGUCGCCGACGUCGCCGGGCGUUACGCGAUUCCGCGUCAAUGGAAAAGUGGUCCGAGUGGCGGCGAUGCGCCAUUCGGCCUACUGUGAGUAGUCAUGAGGGUUGAUGAAACGCGACUUGACAGUUUUCACGUACUCCAAACAUAUGCCCUCGUCUUUGAUUGGCCCUUCAAGGCUUCUUUGGAAAAGUAAAAAAGACUGUCUGACUUUUCUGCGCUCUCUUCUCUCUCUUCUCCCUCGUAAAGUCCGACUUGACAGUUUGUCUGCGUCUCUCUGUUCCCUCACGCCAGAAAAACGUGGAAAUAGCACGUAAACAUGAGAGAGACGUCGAGUGAUGAGGAGGGCGCAGAGAGGCGCGAAAAACGGACUAUAACGAGAAGUGGUCAAGCUGUAUGAGUCACUGUCUUGCUGGACAAGCAAAAAUGACUAGGAGAAAGAGAACAGGCAGCCUUGAGAGACGCCAGAGAAGUCAUGUUGAUCUUUUUCUCUGCCUUUGCUCUAGGAAGUUAAAUUUUGAAUUUUCAGAGUAUAGGAUCUUGAAGAGAGAGAAUAGGUGGUUUGAAGAGGCAGCAGAGAAGUCGAUGUUUUCUUUUUCUCUGGUGUCUCUUCAGGCGGCUCUGAUCUCUAACUAUUUUGGUUUUUUAAACUUUAUAUUUGAAAAUGAGAGAACAUCAACUGUCUGAAGAGACGCCAGAGAAGUCGAUUUUUUCUUUUUCUCUAGUGUCUCUUAGGGCCGCCGUUGAUCUAUCGCUUUCUAAAAUAGCCGGAAAAUCAAGGGUCGGCAUUACCGAAACUAUGAAAAACAUGGAAAAAGUUAAGUUUUCUUUAUUUUAAAGGGUUUCGUUUGCAGAUUCGUCAUCUGAUGAGGACGACAGCCUUUUUGGCUCGACUGGUCGGCCAACUUUGGGAAGAUCGAGCCGGCGAAGAGGCUCCAAUACUGGUUCUGGGUCUGGACUUUCUAGAGGUAGAUUGAUUUUUCAAUUUUGGAAUGAUCUGCAGAACUUUUCUAGAAAUCUUAUCAAAGUUUUGUGAAAGAGGGCUUUUCGAAACACUAUCUAGUACAUUAAGGAACGUUCUAGUCUUUUUUUCCGGACUGAGAACACCCUUUUUGAAAAAAAUAUUAUCCUGUUUUUCCUUUUGGUUUGAAGCAGAAGUUCAGGUAAAAAAAAAUCCAUCUAGCUUUUUUUUUAAAGUAGCAUCAAUACACAAGGUGCAGAAUAAAAAGAAAAAAGUCUACCUUCUGAAGUUUCGACGUUCUUUUUUCCUGUUCAUAACACUUGCCUCGUCCUUUUCUUUCCGUACAAUUACCACUUGGAGGAAAAAUUACCGGUUCCCUUUCUGCUAACCGCAACAAUUACCUUACCUCUCUACAAGGCCCCUGUCAUUCAACCCCCGGUUUCCCCCUUUCAACGAGAUACCUUUCACAAUCUGUCACUUUUUUUUUUUGGUAACGCCCACGUGUUAGUCAUGCCUGUUUUUGUGGUGUUAAAAUUGAUUUAGUUUGGCUGAAUAUUGUGAAGAAAAUGCGCUCUUUGGACACAUUUUGUAAACAGUUCUCACGGUUUUUCAUAAUGCAUUUAUAAACAGCUUUGAAGCAUUAGAAGGAAAUAGCUAUAUAAGGGGAGCAAAGGGCGCUCUGCUGAUAGUUUCACGAAACUUUUUUUUGAUGACAUUUUACUCUUCAAGUUUUUUGGUUUUGCUUUACACUGUUUUAUUGCAAUUAAAAUACCUUUGUUCUGAGGAAAAGCGUAUUUUUACUCCCAAAAAAUAACCAGGACUACUAUUUCACCACAUAGGCCUCUAGAAGGAAAAGGCGCAUUAAACGAAGAAAGUGCGCCCUAAUGAUAAUUUGACGAAAAUAUCCAUUUUUAUUGCUUUUUUCUGUCAAAUUACUGAUUUUUUGAUACAUUUUUUGUGCACUAUCGCAAUCAGAACACUUCUGUUUUACCACAUAAGUUCCUGAAGAAAAAUGGCUCAUCAAACGAAGAAAGUGCGCUCCACUGAGAAUUUCAGGAAAAUACUUUUUUUUUGUUUUAUUUUCACGAUUUAGCGUAUUUUUCACUCUCCCAAAGUAAUCAGCAGACCUCGAUUUCACCGCUCCAGGAGAAAAAGCUUAUAUUUCUAGAGAAGGUCGCUCGAACUGAAAUUUCGCGAAAAAAAAGCUAGAUGGUGGUGCUUUUUCCCAUUUUUUUUUUACCAAAUCGAUUUUUUGUUGUUUUCUACUACUAUUUCACAAUCAGGAGUUAUCCAUAUGAACACAUAGCCUUCAGAAAGAAGAGGCUUAAAAAAUGGGAAAAGCGCGCCCUACUGAUAACUUUACCAAAAAAUCACUUUUUGAUUGCCUUUUUUCUUGGUUUUGCGUACUUUUCACUUCUUUAGAGCACUGAGAAGACCUCUGUUUCAUUAAACGCCUCCAGAAGAGAAACGGUUAAUAAACGGAGAAAGUGCGCCCUAUUGAGAAUUUCACAAGAAUAUCCAUUUUUAUUUCUUUUUUUUCUUUCAAGUAUCUGAUUUUUGGUACCUUUUUCUACUCUUUUGGAAUCAGAAGACCUCUAUUCCAACACAAUUAGAAGACCCCUCUUCAAACUCACAAGAGGCUCUGAAAAUGGAGAAAGUGCGCCCUACUGAGAAAUUUACAAAAUAUCAACUUGUGAUGUUUUAAAAGAGAUCUUUCUUUAUUCACUAAUGAAAUAGUACAUUUUUUCUUCAAGUUCUUGGUUUUUCGUACCUUUUUGUGCUCUUUUGCAAUCAGAAGACCUCUAUCCCAACACAUAGCCUCCAGGAGGGAAAAGGCUAAAAUUGAAUUCGGUUCGGUGGUCGUCCCGAUUUCUCAUCGGGGCACACGCAGAAUCCAGGGCCCGAGAUCGCUUUAUCUGGCAACCAACCGCACUUUUCUUCUUCUUCUUCUCCUUCUUCUUCUCCCCCUUAUGCUAUUUCCCGCUGUUUUCAGAUUAUUUGCAUGCUUUCACCGGCUUUUGUCUCGUUUUUCUUGUUCCAUCACACCUUCAAGUCGUGAUUUAUCUUUGAUAAUGGGAUUUAUUAACCUAUUUGGCUUGGAUCUAUUUGAGUAAAUAUCAUCUUUGAUUGGUUUUUCCGUACUCUUCUCUAUUCUUCCGUCUCUGUUCUCCACAUAGGCUGCGAGAAGCUCAAAAUUUGAAGAAAGUGAGCCCUAUUGAGAAUUUUACGCAAGCAUCAGCUUUUGAUGGAAAACCUUCUAGGCUUGAAUUUUUUAAGUAGGAAGCUUUAAAGAAUCAAGAAUUUUCCAAAAUGAGACCCGGAUUUUCGAACUUUGCAGAAAGUGCUCAUGCCAUUGAAUUCCACACGUUUAGUGCUUCUGAUGAAAUUUGUUUCGAUUUUUACUCGAUUCAUUUCUUUUUCUUUUUUUUAUGCUACUACUGGGAGCCCUAGAGGCUCGCCAAGGACUACUUGGAGAGGACACUAAAGUGGCCACUAAACCCACCUCUAUAUUGGCCACUAUUUUACGUUUUAGUGGCUUCUUCAGUAGUUUUUCAUCCAGUAUUCCUUCCAGUAACUCUGAUAAUUUUAAAACAAACAUUUGAACCAGUUAUGUUGAUCCCAUUGACCCCUAAAGUGGCCACUAAAAUUUUUAGUGGUCUAGUAGUAGCACUUAGACCUCUAUAGUGGCCACUAAUUUUUAACCCCUUAAAUGGUCACUAAUUUGACUUCUAUAGUGGCCACUAAAACGUCAAAACCUUAUGGUGGCCACUGAAAAGUUUCCCAGUAUGUCUUGAGGCACAUCUCAAGAGUUUAUAUUACUUUUUUAACGAAAAAUUUUGUAUCAUAAAAAUCUGUGAGGCUCUUUUUUCCCCGUGCAGAUGUCCGCAAAUUCGUGUCCAACAUAUUUUUAAUGAGAUUUCGGAGUUUUUUAUGCAAUUUAUGAAGGUUUAAUUCAAGUUCUGCGGACGUGGCGGCACUUGGAAUGGCUCAAAUCGUUUUUUUCGAAGUCGUUUCAAGUCGGUUGCGCCUUGAGCCAUUCCAAAUGCGACCAUAACAUUCUAAUCAGGAAAAUUUUAAUUUUUUCGAUUUUUUUCGAAUCUUCAUUUUUCCAUUCAUUAUUGAGCUCUUAUGAGAAUGAUCUUUGAAUGUUUAGAAAAUUUUGGGAACUUUGGGUUUUUCGAUUUCGGUGAUCAAUGAAGUGUGUGAAUUACCUUUUUUGGAUCAAAAAAUAGAAAUUUUCAAGUGAAAUACGGCAAAAAUCUACAUAGAAAAGUCCUUCUGCUUCUAAAAAUCUUUCUUAAAUUUCAUCGAUUGCAGGCGACUCCAACCGUGUGCCGACGACGACGAAUGGCGUAGGCCGCAAGGAGGAAACGCCGGAGACGUCGCGCGUCCGUCAGAAUCCUGCCCCGCCGACGUCUUCCUCGACGACGACGACCAACAUCGACGGCUCUUCUACGGUUUCCAGUGACGUCGGUGGCGCCGCCGUCGAGGCGAUGCUUCGGCGCGUUCAGCAGAAUCAUGACUAUUGUGAACAGGUAGGAGAAGAAGAAGAAAGGGAAUUUGGCUCUUCAAUGGAGUUGUUGUAUUGAUGUGUUAUGAUGGAAAGUAUGAGUGUAUGAAAUUUUUGAAAAUAAAAAGGGAAAUCAGCCAAAAUGUUAGAGAUUAUACGCUCCAUUGAGAAAAUAGCUACUCUGAGAUUUUUAGGGGCUCUCAAAAAGAAAAAAAAGUAAGUUUUGUAUUUUAUUGUCAUGAUUGGUAGGAUAGGUUAAUAAAAAAUCCUUUGUGACAAAAUUAGGAAAUCUGGCCGAAUUAUCUGAGCUUACGCGCUCCAUUGAGAAAUUUAUUUUUUUUUGAACUUUUUAGAAGGUUUCUAAGGAAAAAGAGAGGGAAAUAGACUGUUCUGUGAAAAUUUUGUAUUGAUGUGUUGUGGUGGGGAGGUAUAGAAUUUUGACGGAAAUAUGAGAAUAUGUGGCCAAAAUUUUUGAGCUUACGCGCUUUAUUGAGAAGUAGAUUAUUAUAAGGUUUUUCAAAAGAGAUUUCAGAGGAAAAAAAAAAGAUAUCAGUUACAGUGUUGAAAUUAUCUGUUUUAAGAUUUUUUAGGAGGAAUUUGUAUGAAAAGUAAGCUCAAAAUUAGGCUUCUAAAAAAAUUUUUUCGGAAGGUUGUUACGUUAAAUGGCUGAACUUUCCAGUGGUUUCGCGCUCUAUUGAUAAAGUCUAUUUUUCUCUCAACUCUGGGCGUUUUUUUUUGACCAAUAUGUUACUCUUUCGAUUUUUACUGAUUAAAAGUUAUUUAGAACCGACGGGACUAUGGAGAUUACGUGCCGGCGAGGAUGCGUCCAAACGUCCAACCGACGUCGAAUGUCAAAAGACAGUCCCGACAAGACUACAGGAAUAGUCGGAUCAUUGUCACCGACGACGACGCCAUCCGUAUAUCGCCCCAUCGAGAGGUGCACAUUUUAUUCGUUUUAGAAAGACAAAAAUCGAAAAAGAUCUCCUUUUUUUCGUAACAACCCCGGAGUUAUUGUUUUUCUUGAUUUUUUAGAUGAAAAAUGAAAAAAAGGUUUUUUUGGCACCAAUCUCGGGGUUACCGUUUUCCUUUUUUCCAGGGAUAAAGGGGUAAAAAACGGGUUUUUUUUAGUGUCAACCUCGGUUCCAUUUUUCUUGAUUUUUUUCAAAGGAAGACAUGGAAAAGGCUUUUUUGAGCUUUUAAGAAGUCCACGAAGAGUAAGCAAGAUGGAAAUUCAUAGAUCAAACCAAAAAUCGAAAGAACAAAGAAUUUACAAGAAAUCCCGUAAUUUUACGGGCUUAUGUUGAAAUUUCUCAAGAAGAUGAUAGGAGAAAAGUUUUUUUUUUCAAAAUCGAUUAAAAUUCUUCCUUCUUGCAUUUUUCAGGAAAAACUUUCGUUUCACGUGAACAUUUACAAUUGAAACUAGUGCUGGAUAGUAUUUUUUUUUUCUUCCAGGAGAUCAUGACGACGAUCGAUAGCGACGUCGACUAUGACCGGGACAACGAGGCGGUCUACGUUAAUACGGAAAUCGGGUACACGAAAAAUGAAAACUCCUCCCAGGACUACCAAAACGCAGUUCUUCGUUAGUGAAUUUAGGAAAUUCCAGGAAAGAGAUUUGAUUUUUCAGCCCUCAAAAAGCCGGCCAGGGUCUCUUCGAUGAUUCAGAACGUUGUCAACGCCUUGCAGGUGUGUUUUUUUGAAUUUGGUGUCGAAAUUUGGCCUUCCUAA